UCCGUCAUGUUGGUUUUCCUGCUGCUGCUACCACCAACGAAGAAGAAGUUUGCCUCACAACAACAACAACACUGCUAGUAGCGUUAGCUCAGAGGAAAGCGAGGUGUAUUUUUUUCUGCUGGGUUGGAACAUAAUAACAGGUACGCUGGAAUUUUCUGAUACUCACUCGGACAUGUCCUAUGUCUUCAUCAACGACUCGUCGCAGACCAGCGUGCCUCUGCUGCAGUCAUGCAUUGAUGGAGACCUGCCUUUUGGCAAGAGGCUCUUGGAGACGGGAUGUGACCCCAACAUCCGUGACAACCGGGGCCGAACCGGCCUCCACCUAGCUGCCGCCCGAGGCAACGUGGACAUAUGUCGUCUCCUGCACAAGUUCGGGGCUGAUCUGUUGGCGACGGAUUAUCAAGGAAAUACAGCAUUGCACCUGUGCGGUCAUGUGGAUACUAUACAGUUUCUGGUGUCCAACGGGCUGAAAAUUGAUAUCUGUAACCACAAUGGAUCGACUCCUCUGGUACUCGCUAAGAGACGUGGGGUCAACAAGGAUGCCAUCCGUCUUCUGGAGGGACUGGAGGAGCAGGAGGUGAAAGGUUUCAACAGAGGGCCCCACUCCAAACUGGAAACUAUGCAGAUGGCUGAUAGUGAGAGUGCGAUGGAGAGCCACUCCUUACUCAACCCCAACCUGCAGAGCAGUGAGGGCGUCCUGUCCAGCUUCAGGACCACCUGGCAGGAGUUUGUGGAGGACCUGGGCUUCUGGAGGGUGCUGCUGCUGCUGGUGGUCAUCGCCCUUCUCUCACUGGGCAUCGCCUACUACGUCAGCGGGGUGCUGCCGUUCUCCACCAGUCAGCUGGAGCUGGUGCACUGAGGGAAGGUGGGGAUGAGUCUGGUGAUGAAAGAAACAAGGGGUAUAGUGGUAGUUAAAUAAACAAGGGAGGUUCUGCUUUCAGCUUCGCUCAUACAGAUAAAAACAAUCCAGAUUUUUGUUUAUUUGCUGCCCAGAUCUCGUUUUUUUAGUUGUUGUCUAAACCCAGAAACAUUAUAUGAUAUUGUUAGUAAAAAAAAAAAGCAGUGAUCAAAAAACAAUAACAACUCACUUUCUCAAGUAAAAACAUACUUACAAACCAGCUUACAAGUGUGACGUGUUGAGGUAUUUAACAAGAAGGUCCAGCCACUCACACCAAGAACAUGUAUUGGUCUUGUUUCAGUAAUUUGUGACAUUUCCCCUUUAACAUGAGCUGCUUUUGAAAAUGUUGUGACUGACUGAGAAAAUAUGACAUGCUUGUUUUAUCUAAUGCAAUGAAACCUUACUAUCCAGCUCCCUCUCUAUUCAUUCAUACUGUAUACUCUGUUACAAGCUGUAUAUUGCCAAUGUUUUGUAUCUUCUUUUUUCAUCGUUUGUUGUAUUAUUUAUCAAUUGUCCUAUAUUUUAAUUUCCCUGUAUACUUAAUGUUCGUUAAAAUCCUACACCCAUGCUGUCUUUACCCUGUUUGUUUUACAAAACAAUGGAAGUUUUAUGUCAAGGGCCCAUAUUUUGUUUCUUUUUAAGCAAAUUAUUGAAAGUCUCAUGUGUCACCAGAAUGUGACUUCAGCUCAAAACACAUACGUGGUACAUGACAUGAUGACUGACUGAAGCAGCUCUGGUUUUAGUCCGGUUCUAAACGAGCUGUUUCAAUGUCUGUAGCUGCCGUCCCUCUUUCUUCAGGAAGAGAACUCUGUGGAAAACAGCUGACACCAAUGUAAAUGAGUGUGUCUUCUGAGAACGACAGUUGUAUGGUUUCUCACUCAUGUUCGGUGAGUUUGUCAGAUAAUGCCGCGGUCAUAAAAUCUGUAUUUUAUCAGCACAGAGCCAGUCAUGUAAUGGUAAUUGGCUGCGUUUCAGUUGCUAUUUCGUACUUGUUGUCUGACAACCGAAGAGGGAAAUUAUGUGGCUUUGUUGGGACUUUGGCUGUAUUGAAAUAUAAUGCAAGUGAACACAGAGAUGUAAACAGCAGCUGGGUUUAGUAACAGUAACCCACAUAGUCCAGUCUUAGCCACGUUAGCUGCACGUGAGGAUUGUUGUGGUGACAUUGCCGUCAAAAAAACAGUAAUCCACCGGGUCUUCAGCUCCUCAGAUGCUCGCAGUGCAUUAAGACUCUUGUAAUCACUCUUACAGCCAACAGCAGAACAUUUGGUGAAUUUUUCUCAUGGUUAAGACUUUACAAUUUUAGCAGAAACAGCCGUAGAAACUAAAUAUACUUGGUGGACUGAGAGGCAAGAAGCAUUGAGGAUUAAAGGAGAACUUCGUUUUUUUCAACCUGGGGUCUGUUUUCAUAUGUCAAUUCAUACAUGUGAGUGAUGGAGAAAUGAAUUUUCAGUGUAGCUCCAGUAUUUAGCCAAUCAGGCAACUUAGCAGCUCAGCUAGCAGCUCAGCUAGUGAAAAGUAUGGGGCAAGAGGCCCCCCCACGUCAAAGUCGGCCCUAACGUGCUUUUUUCCUACACUGACCGGCUCGGAUAGUCUCAACGAGUGUCCCACAACAUACUAGAGAUGAGAAGUGAACGAAAACCUCCACAUUACCUAGCGAUCGCUCUUUGUUGUGGUCUGUAUCCAAAGCUCAGGACGCUAGAAAGCAAAUCUCGUUCCGAAAUCGCGCAAUAGCUCGCGCCAAAACACUGGUUUUGGCGCGAGCUAUUGCGCGAUUUCGGAACGAGAUUUGCUUUCUAGCGUCCUGAGCUUUGGAUACAGACCACAACAAAGAGCGAUCGCUAGGUAAUGUGGAGGUUUUCGUUCACUUCUCAUCUCUAGUAUGUUGUGGGACACUCGUUGAGACUAUCCGAGCCGGUCAGUGUGGGGGAAAAAAAGCACGUUAGGGUGGACUUUGACGCGGGGGGGCCACUUGCCCCAUACUUUUCGCUAGCUGAGCUGCUAAGGCUGCCUGGCUAAAUACUGGAGCUAUGUCGAAAAUUCAUUUCUCCAUCACUCACAUGUAUGAAAUGACAUAUGAAAACAGACCCCAGGUUGAAAAAAACCGAAGUUCCCCUUUAAGGGGCUGGAUUAUGCAGUUUUUUUGUUUUCUUGGCAACUGUUUGUUACCCAAUGUGUACAUAAUAUCAGAAUACAAGUCUUACUUUUGCGUAAAACUGGAAGGACAUCUAUAGCACAUAUGGCGCACAUCUUCACAGCUUUUAUUUUACAGCCCCAAGUUUAUAAAGCAUAGAAAACACUAUAUUCAAUAUCUGGGAGCUUCGGACAAUAUUGUAGUCUUGACUGGAAACUGUUUUGGGAACUUUGAUUCACUGAUGUUAUGCAGUAAUGCCAGAUCAUCUGCUUACAGAGUUGAAAAAGCACCUCUUCUGCGUGCCUUUUGGGAGAAAGCUUCACGUUUCGCAGUAGCUCACUCAGACAUUCCCUCCUGCAGCUUGCAGCUUUGUUUCUUUAAAAUCAGCCAUGUUGUCGUAAACAUGUAGGCAUAAACACUAGGAUUCUGGCAGCAGACUAACAGUUGUUACUUUUGUUGUACAUUCAUUUUAUCUUCAGGUUCUCAGUUGAAGUUUUUCCACCGUUGAUUUUUCCGUGUACAUGACAUGAAACAUUUGAAGUAAUUUAAUGUAGAAAAUGAAUAAAAUCAUGUGUAUGAA